GUAGAAACACACCGACGCCCUCUAGCGGCAUUUUUGCAUUGGUAGUAAAAAUUUUCUUUUCCCAUGGAAAACUUUCCAAAAAGUGCAUAAAAAUGCUGUAAAUUCUCUUUUGGUGUACUUGAAAGUCCUUCUAAUUGAUUAAUAAACCAUCAAGUGGUACAAUGGCACAAAUUCUUCGGGGAAAAUUUGGGUUCAGCGUGAAGACUUCGAGAUCUCUGAGGCCGCUCGUGCUGAAUGUCUCCCGGAUUAACUUCUCCACCCUCAAUGGGGGCAACGGGGGUAGUCGGCAUCCCCAUCGGAGGUAUCUUUUGCAGCACAAUGUGGGCUUUGUGCCGAUGUAUGUAACACCCAGACGCACGUACGCAAUGAUUGUGGCCAGAGUACUCCGUGGGGCACUAAAGCUGAGAUACCUCGUCCUGGGUGGGGCCAUUGGGGGUGGCAUGACGCUCAAUAAGAAGUACGAGGAAUGGCGUGAUGGUUUACCGGAUAUGAAGUGGUUGGAUGACAUUCUCCCGGACAAUGAGCAAUGGCAUAAAUUCUCGAAGAAUCUCCAAGCUGUGGGAGGUGCUGUGAGAGAUUCCAUUGAGAUUGAUCCACGUCUGAAGAAGAUAAGUGAGGAGAAAUUAGCUGAAUGGCGUGCAUGGUUCGAUAAUCGCCUGGAUAAUGCCAUUGAAGCGGCGGAGACAACUGAAAAUCCCACAAUUGAAGGUCCAUUCCAGAAAGUCUCUGAUAUGAUUACCGAUAUGUAUGGAGUGACAAAGGAGGAAUUAAAGGCGAAGCAUUUGGUGGAAGCAAAAGGUGUUUCGGCACAAGAGGAAGCGCAUCGGAAGCACCAAUCGAUGCAGCAGCAAAUUGAGGAAUUGCAAGCGGAAAUGAUGUCAGUGCAGCUAAAAUACCAAAAAGAAUUGGAAAAAUUGGAGCGUGAGAAUAAGAAUUUGCGCCAGCAGUACUUGAUACUCAAAUCAAAUCGCAAGACGGGCACGAAGAAGAUCAAGAAGAGCCUCAUUGAUAUGUAUUCGGAAGUUCUGGAUGAACUAUCGGGGUACGACACCAACUAUACGAUGGCAGAUCACUUGCCGCGCGUUGUUGUUGUGGGAGAUCAGAGCAGUGGGAAGACUUCUGUGUUGGAAUCCAUUGCGCAAGCAAGAAUCUUCCCACGGGGAAGUGGUGAGAUGAUGACAAGGGCUCCAGUUAAAGUGACUCUAAGUGAGGGUCCGUACCAUGUGGCGAAAUUCAAUGAUUCCGAACGUGAGUACGAUCUCACGAAGGAGUCAGAAUUGGCUGAAUUGCGACGUGAAGUGGAGCUACGAAUGCGCCAUUCAGUGCGUGGGGGUAAGACCGUGAGCACAGAUACGAUCUCGAUGACUGUGAAGGGUCCUGGGUUGCAGAGGAUGGUUCUUGUGGAUUUGCCAGGGAUUAUUUCCACUGUUACCGUCGAUAUGGCGUCUGAUACGAAAGAUUCCAUCCAUCAGAUGACUCGACACUACAUGAGUAAUCCCAAUGCCAUCAUUCUGUGCAUUCAGGAUGGUUCUGUGGAUGCAGAACGAAGCAAUGUAACGGAUCUCGUGACACAGUGUGAUCCUCUUGGUAAGAGGACCAUCUUUGUCCUCACGAAAGUUGAUUUGGCUGAAGAACUCGCUGAACCAGAUAGAAUUCGAAAGAUUCUCGCUGGAAAACUCUUCCCGAUGAAGGCUAUUGGAUACUUUGCCGUUGUAACCGGUCGUGGGCGGAAGGAUGAUUCAAUUGAAACAAUCCGGGAUUAUGAAGAAAGAUUCUUCAAGACCUCAAAACUAUUCCAUCGAAGUGGAACAGUAAUGCCCCAUCAAGUAUCAACGCGGAAUUUGAGUCUUGCCGUUGCUGAUCGCUUCUGGCGGAUGGUGCGUGAAACAAUUGAACAACAAGCUGAUGCAUUUAAGGUGACACGCUUCAAUCUUGAAACAGAAUGGAAGAAUAACUUCCCCAGGCUACGUGAAUCCGGCAGGGAUGAAUUAUUUGACAAAGCAAAAGGAGAGAUUCUCGAUGAAGUUGUCAAUCUAUCGCAGAUCUCCUCAAAGAAGUGGGAAGAAGUUAUUCUUACCACAUUGUGGGAUAAACUCUCGUCCUACGUUUUUGAGAAUGUCUACCUCCCAGCAGCGCAGUCGGGGUCACAAAACUCCUUCAAUACGAUGGUUGAUAUAAAAUUGCGCCAGUGGGCAGAUCAGGCACUCCCAGCACGUGCUGUGGAGUCAGGGUACGAAGCGCUGCAAAAGGAAUUUCUGGAAUUAAUUGAACAAGCAAAGAAAUCCCCCGAUCACGAUGAUAUCUUUGAUAAUCUCAAAGCAGCCGUUGUGGAUGAAGCCAUUCGCCGGUAUUCGUGGGAGGACAAGGCAACAGACAUGUUGAGGGUUAUCCAGUUGAACACACUGGAAGAUCGUGUGGUUACGGAUAAGCACGAAUGGGAUGCAGCUGUGAAAUUUUUCGAAUCCUCCGUGAAGGAGAAACUCCAGGCGACGGAGAAUACGAUGGCGGAAAUGUUUGGACCAUCAUCGUGGCAACAGUGGACACAGUGGAAGUACUCAACGGAUGAGCAGCAAAAGAGGCGCAAUGUUAAAGGGGAACUGGAUAAGAUCAUUGUCAGUGAUGCGAAACACCCGCCAACGCUGAGCUACGAUGAAUUGACAACAGUACGGAAAAAUCUGCAACGUGCUGGUCUGGAAGUGGACACAGAAUACAUCCGGGAGACGUGGUAUCCCGUCUAUAGGCGUCACUUCCUCAAACAGGCUCUCCUGAGGGCCUAUGAUGGUCGUAAAGCCUACUACCUCUAUGUCACACAGAAUCGCGAUCGUGGCGACUGUGCCAUCAAUGUGAAUGACAUCAUCCUCUUCUGGCGCAUCCAGCAGGUGAUGAAGGUCACGACGAAUGCCCUACGGCAGCAGGUCAUCAAUCGCGAAGCACGACGCCUCGACAAGGAGAUUAAGGCAGUCCUCGAUGAGUACAGCGAGGAUGAGGACAAGAAGCAGCAAUUACUCACGGGGAAACGUGUCUCUCUCGCCGAGGAGCUUCUUCGAGUACGAAAGAUUCAGGAGAGGCUUGAGGAAUUCAUAAAUGCCCUCAACAAAGAAAAGUAAUAAAGAAAUCAUCUCGUGGGCUGGCUAAAUAGUGUAUAGAGAACCUACGCCCUCCCCCUCAUUUUGCUUAAAUGGAUGAGUAUUGUGAUUAUUAUUUCUUUCCUUCAUUUUUGCUUAAAUUACAUUGGGAUUCCCUUCAAAUUGCGAAUUGUAAGAGAAUCCCGGAGUUAUUCACAUGGGAGUGGAAUCUUUCCCAAUCAUGCAAGGUCAUGGGGAGAAGAUUCAUCUUCCAGCUUAAAGUCAUCCACAGAAAGAUUAGAAAUAUAAAGUAAAAACAUUGGUCAUGAUUGUAAAAUUCAACAGAUUUAUUUAAUAAUUAAAAAAUAUAAUAUAAUAGCUUAUGAAUUAACCAGGUACUUGAA